AUGGUCACGCUGACAGUCACGUGUGCCGUGUUCCCGCUCAGCGUCAUCAUCAUCUGUUAUUUGCAAGUCUGGAGGGCUAUUCGAGCUGAAUAUAGAGAGGACAGUGACAGUUACAAAAGCUAUGAGAACACAGAAGAGCCCUUCAGCUUCCCGGGCGACGGGGACUACAGGGACCAGGACUACAGGAGCGAGUCCGGUGAUGAGAAAGCCAGCAAGAUCAUAAUGCUCCGGAUGCUGCCUCAAGCAGCCACCGAAAACGAUAUCCGGGUCCAGCUGCAGUACGCCGGCUACCAGCCUCGGGAGGUGCGGCUAAUGAGGAACAAAUCUUCAGGUCAGAGCCGUGGUUUCGCCUUCGUGGAGUUUAAUCACUUGCAGGACGCUACCAGAUGGAUGGAAGCCAAUCAGCAUUCCCUCGUUAUUCUCGGUCAGCAAGUCUCCAUGUACUACAGCGACCCCAAACCCAAGGCCAACGAGGAUUGGCUCUGCAACAAGGUAGGAGCCUGCUGCGUUUGGAUCUCGUCAGCGCCGAGGGAACGGGGGCUGGAAGAGAACCGAGACUCACCUGUACAGAGUGACCAUUCUGUGUACGCGCAGUCAAUUUCUCUUCCCACGACAUUGUGA